GAUUAUUUGAAAACAUUACCAACACCUGUAUAAUCAGUACCAUUGAUACUUCUGUGGGAUCAUACAGACACAAUUACAGAAUAAAAUCGUGACGUGGGAAAUUAUUUCAAAGAUUAGAAUAAUUCUGAACAUCGUUUGUCUUUGAUAUAAGGUAUAAUGGCACUUGCAGACUUCAGCAAAAGAGGUGGCCAGAUAUGCGGUUGUCAGUCUAAGUGGAUGCACUGAAGAGCUAAUAUCGAUGUGAUUGUACAGUCUAACGAUGGAGGCAUAUACAUGGUGUCUCGUGGUUCUCCUCUGCGUCGUUGCCAUAGUUGGCAUACCUGGCAAUAUCCUCGUCAUGCUUAUUUACCAACGCAAAGCACGGCGGUUGAGUAUGAACGUUUACAUCAGCGGUCUUGCCGCUGUUGACCUCUUCGUCUGCGCGCUGACCGGUUACCGCCUAUAUUCGUGGAUCAACGAGAAACAAUUCUACAACAACACGGCAUGUCAACUCUUCACGUGGAUUGGCUUCUGGAGCGAGAUGUUAACCGCGUUUAUAACAACCGCAAUCGCGCUUGACCGCUACGUUUCUGUGUGUAAGCCUCACGCUGCGAUCAUAACCCCGGUACGCGCUACAAUCUCAAUCGGCGUCUGUACCAUCGUAAGCGGUCUGCUUAGUCUGUUUUCGUUCCUGAUCUACGGAGUCGAGAGUCAGGAGUGCAAGAUUAUCAACGAUGGACUUCUUUUGUACUUGUUCGCUACCUUGACUUUCAGUGCGUUUGCAUUGCUGAUGGGAUCGGCGUUGAUCUUCUAUUGGCUCGUCUUUCGAGAAGUUCGAAAACGGACAAAGGUAGGACCGAGAUUAAUUGAAGUUAAACCAAGAAACGAAUCGAGUACACCGCGACCGGAACCGACAGUUGUACGCUCUCAUUCUCUUCCCUGCUCUCCAACCCAUCGUCGCGGCAAAAACAGCAAGUGGAACCGGGCCCAUCGGAUGAUGAUCGCCAAGCAAUUAGAACAGAAGUUGACACUUGUCAGCCUAGCUACAUCAUUUCAAGCAGGGCGUUUACAUCCUUCGCCAAGUUUAGGCGUUGAUACGGUGACAAUCCGCCAGAACACCUUCUUAACCGCUGACUUUAAUACGUGGAACGUGAAUUUACCGCGUCACAGUAGCGCAAACGGUCUGGACUUGUCAAUAACGUCAGACAUGCGGUCACGCCCCUGUAGCGUACACAACUUCGGCAGUCAGAUCGCGCUGUCGACGGCGUUUUGCCCAACCAAAGAUACCACCCAGGACAAAGUCAAUAACCAACCGGCGUUGCGGCGACGGCGUACCGGUAAAAUGCUGCUUCUUGCCACCGUCGUCUUCGUGAUCACGUGGACCGCUCGAUGUAUCAUGUGGCUCGUCGAAUUUCAGGCGGAAACUUGGUGGCAAGAAAUCCGACAAAACAAUGACUUCGCUUUUGCUGUGCUCAUCAUUUUACAGCAUAUCUACUACACGACACCGGCUGUCAACCCCGUGAUUUAUAGUUACGUUAAUCCAAGAUUUCGAGAGGAUUGUACAAAAGUAGUUCGAAGAAUAUGUAGGAGAAGAGAGGAGCUAUAACAGAGACUUGAAAAAGCAAUUUAUUAUUGUCAAUUAUUUGGACACAAUCGACUCCCUGUUUUUCCUACUACAGAAACGAACAUAUUUUUGUAUCCGAGCCUACGUGUGUUGUGAAAUAUAAAACUUGACUGAGAAUGUACAUAAUUAUUUCUGAAAUCUUUCGUAUGUUCACAAGUAUAUCUCAUACCUAUGUCUUUCUGAAAUAUGUCUUUCUUUGCGAAAUUGAUGCCUCGUGUAAAAUCAGCAAUACGUUGUUUCUGAAAUACUCACCAAAUACAAAUAUAUUUCUUGUAUCUCUUUAUAACAGUUGCAAUUUCUAAUGCGAUAACAAUUCAACCGCAGAUCUACCGUCCGAAAACUAAAAAAAAGCUACAUUCGUUUAAGCUUUAGUGUAUUGACAAUGAUAAAGCACUUAUUAGCAUUUCUGAGAGUUGCCAAAUGCGUUUUAUAAUAUUCAAUUAUUAUGAUUUCUAUUUAUUUCACCAUUAGUAUACUUUAAUUAUUAUCAUAAUCAACAUCAUCACCAUCUCCUUCAUCUCUAUCAUCAUCUUCAUCACUACCAACAUCAUCAUCACAUCAUCAUAAUUAUUUUUAGUUGUAAUAUUUGUAGUAGUACCAUCAUUAUUUGUAUAUGAUAUCAGAUUAAAACCGUUGAGUGAUUGAUUCAUAAACAAUAUUCAGAUGUUUAAAGGUUAUGAUAGAACAAGAAAGGUUACAUAGUAAUCAUAAACUGGACCUGAAUGUAGCAAACUCAGUAGGGCAUGAUCCCAAUAUGUAAGAACAAAUGCAGAGUUAUAACAAAACAAAAUAAAACUACUUCAAUUGAAAUGUAUGUUUCUAAAUGAUUAUUAGAAACAAUAAUAAAAUAUUCUCAAUUGCAGUAUAGACAUAUUUAUGAAUUCAUGAUCAAGUGUUAUGGUUUAUAACGACAAAUCAUUUUUUAAAGAAUCUAAAACUCGUUCUUGAUUUUAUUUCAAUCCGAUUGAUUGGUUCUUUGUUGUUCACGUACUAUGACCUGCAACACAUCUUUCUUAUUUCGAUUAAUGUACAGCAAGAUUGUAUCUGCAAGCAUUAGAUUAAUUAUUGACUGAAUACACCUGUUAAAAUUCAUGCAUAUUUGUUUUCAACAAAAAUUGUACUAUUUCCACCCUUUCCAAUUUCCCCAUUAAUUUGAUUUUUUUUUCAUCUCCGACAUUUGUACAUGUGGCGCCGAUUUUAAGCAAGCAACCACCGCUGUCAGAGCAAGUUAUAGACAAGCAAUCACUUCAUAGGUGAGCUGGAUGGUACUGUCUUUCUGAAGCAGAGCUGAGGAAAGAUAGUGUGUAGAUUCAGCAAGAGAGAAAGAGUGAGAUUCAAGAGCAAUCACUCAAGAAAGAGAGAG